AUGGGAAAAGAUAGAAAUAACAAUAGAGGUCCUAAAUUUAACCCAUCAAGUAGUGGUGAAGCAGGUUCAUUAUUACCAGGCGGGUUUAUUGGAUUUUCAGCAUUCACUACAAAUUUAACAAAUGCUACCGAUCCAGACUAUUAUCAAGUAGAUCCCGAAUAUCAAGUUUUAUUAAAAAAACUUCAAAAAAAAGAUAGUAUUAGUAGAAUAAAAGGUUUAGAAGAAUUAAAUAAAUUAUUUAGUAAAAUUAAUAUAGAGUCACCAGAAUUUAAUCCUUCAUCAAUUAAACCAUUAAUGAAUGCAUGGGAAUUUAUGUAUAGACGUUUAGUUAACGAUGAUGACCGUCAUGUUAGAGAUUUAGCAAAUAUUUGUUUAGGCUCAAUUGGCUCUAGAAUCGGUAAACAUAUGGGUCCACAUGUUAAAGUACUUUUAGGUCCAUGGGUAUUUUCAAUUUGUGAUCAAAAAGAUCAAGCUGUUAACUCUGCAUUAAACUCAUUUAAUAAUAUAUUCCCAGAAAAAAAACAAAAGGAUGUUUAUAAAUUUGGACAUGAUGAAGCAUUAACAUAUUUGUGUGAAAACUUGCAAGAGACACCUCAAACUAUUGGUGAUAGUAAAUCAGUUACACCAGAGGUACUUCAAGAUCGUUAUGAAAGAUGUAUUUCAAAUUCAUUAUUAGCAAUCGAUUAUUUAAUUAACAAAACACAAGAAGAUACAACUACAUCAACAUCAACAUCCACAUCCACAACCACUACAGAUACAAAUAAUAAAAAUUUAGAAAUUUAUGAAAAUAUUUUUGAAUCACAAUUUUUUUCAUUUUUCCAAUCAAAGAGUUCGUUAAUUAGAAAGACAUCCUAUAGAGUUUUAACCACUAUCAUUAAUAAACUUCCAAUGUUUGUCGAAAAGAAUUUUAAAGACUUUAGUUCAAAGGUAUUGGGUUUAUUUUCAGAAAAAGAUUCAACAACACAUCUUUUUAUGUGGGAAGGAGUCAUUUCAUUUUUAAAGAAAUAUGGUGAUAAAGCAUGGGACCAAGUUGAUGUACGUAAACACGUAUUGCCAAGAUUAUGGUCAUUCUUUAAGUCUGGUUGUUAUGGUAGCUAUGAUUUAUCAUAUCCAUCUAUUUUACCAUUACUCACAUUCAUUCCAUCAAGUGUUAUUGGUGAGGGUACAGCAUUCUUUAAAGAGUUUUUUGGUAAUCUUUUCAAGGGUUUAGAGGUACUCGACAAUGUUCGUCUCUAUGGUAAUCCAAAUAAUCAAGAUAGACCAUCCAAUUUAAUGUUAUCAUGCUAUUUAGAAUGUAUAGUUUAUUCAAGUAAGAAAUGGGGUUCACAACAAGAAGAGGUUAAUCAAUAUUUAAUUCAAGAUUUGUUUGGUAGUUUCUAUCGUGAUUAUUUUAAUCUCGAGUAUUGCUCAUUCACAAAAUCGUUCUUGGUCACAAAAUUAUUAGAAACCACUAGAAAACUUUCAAGUAUUAAUGAACAACUUAAUGUACCUCAAUUAGAAGCCCUCUUUAAAUUGAAUGUAUUAAACGAUGUAUUUGUAAAUCUAAUUAAAGCUGAAAAAGAAAAACAACCAGAAACCAAAGAGGAAAAAUUAGUUCAGUCAAUCUCAAAUGAAACAUUCUUUGACAGAUUUAAUCUCUUCCUCUCCUAUUCAAGCAUGUCCAGUGGUGGCAAUCCAAGUAAUAACUUAGUUUUCAUACAAGAAUUUAUCAAGAGAUUAUUCGGUUUAGCAUGCAAUGGUCUAUCAGUUCACCAAGAAUAUUCAAUCAAAAUGAUCGAUAUCAUUUUAAAGAAUUAUAAAAUUAGUCAGAUUUUACUCACUACCAACGAUUUCCAAAACUUCUUUUCAAAUACAAUUGUACCAUCAUUAAACAAAGCCAUUAGCGAACAAAAUAAACAAUUGGUAUCAAAUUUAAUUUCAAUUACCAUCACAUUACUCACAGCAAUAUUAAAGGAAAAUAAUGAUCAAAAAGAUUUUAAUCAAUAUUGGUCCACUAUUUUAAAUGUUUUCAUUAAUGAUAGAAGUGGAAUGAUAAAUGGCAGUGCCAGUUUAGGUUUAGAAGCAGAGUUAUCAAAAUUAAUCAAUACCAUCAGUUCACAAGAAACAACCUCUGAAAAAAGAUCUUGGUUAUCAAAUCAACUUUUAGAUAAACUAACUAAAUCCAUUAUAUCAAAUUGUAACGAUAAUGAUGAAAAGGAAUACAAGCCAAUAGUACCAGGCGAUGUUAUUGAAAGAUUAAUCAAAUGCUUAUCUUCAAAACUAUCACAAUUAAUGGAAACCAUUGAAAUGAAUUUAUUACUAGAUUUUAAUCUUGACUAUUUAGUUGGACUCUCAUUAAUGGUUUUAUCAAUUGAUGACUAUAAUCAACAGUUGGAACCAAUUAAAGGCUUAAUUUCUCAAUGGAUCAAAUUCAUAAUUGAAAUUCAUCAUCGUCCAAACUUACAAUCACUCUACUCUAAAGAUUUACUUUCAAUCAAUAAUCAAAUCAUUGCUACCAAGUACAAAGAUACCAAUAUCUCCACAUUAAUCAUAAAUUUAAUAAUAGAAUAUGUCGAAAAACUAUCAGAACCAGAUUUAGAUUACCUUUCAAACCAAUUAGUUCAAUUAAUUAAUAAUAAUACCGAUAAUAAUAGCUGCUUAGAUAACUUAUUUAAACACUAUAGUAAUAACAAUAGCAAUUUAGUUAGCCAAAUUAAAAUUUCAUGGUUUAGAUAUAACAAAGUAUUACCGCUAUAUUUAAUAACUGAUAAACAACCAACAACUUUAAACCAGCAACAAGUUAACCAAUUAUUCAAAACCAUUAUUUUUAAUUUUAAUAUAAUCAACUCUAUUGGUUUCGAUGAAGUUACUAAAUAUCUUAUCAGCAGUCCCAACACCUCAUUAAUAAUUAAUCAAAUAUUAUCAUGUUUUAUUUUUAUUAAUAACGAUAAUAAAUUAGAAGAAGGCCAACAACUACCAACUUACUACUACCAAGUUAUGAAUUUUAUCGAUAUUACCUCCAGCUCCUUCAUAAACAAUUUUAUUAAAUCAUUAUUUAAAUUUGAAGAUAAAUCAAUAUUCAGUACUGAGUGGUUCAAGAAAUUAUUAAAUGGUGCCACUACUUCAAACUCAUCAUCAAAUCAACAAAUAAUUAAUUUAUUGAGUGUUAAACUAUUUGUCGAUUAUUUAACUAAAGAAGAAGAGGAAUCUGAAGAGGCAAAAAAAUAUUUCCACCUAUUAUUAGAACAGGCCAGUAUCUUUGAAAACUUUAAGAAAUCAAAUUUAACAGUCCAAGAAUUAAAUUUCAUUCAAAUUCUAUUACCAAUUUUAUCAACAUCAGCAUCAUCAAAAGAUUUAAUUCAAUUCUACAAAGAAUCACUCUAUGAAAAAAUUUCAAAUAUUACACCAUCAAUUCCAAAUGAUUUUACACCAACCAUUGUUCAUUUAUCAUUGCUAUCCUCAAUAUUAUUACAAGAACAAAUGAAUGGUAAUAAAGAAAUCUCCUCUUUAAUCAGCGAAAAAGAAUUUUCAGUAUUAUUAAAUGGUUUGCAAAUGAUUCAACAAUGGUAUCAAAAAUUAAAGAGUCCAUUACUUAAAGAUGCAAGUGAAAACAACAAAGAAUUAGAAUUAGUUUUAUUAAACUUUAUCUUUAUAAUCAUCCAAUAUAGCUUAUGUAAAAAAUCAAACUUACCAAGUAAUCUCUCUCAACUUGUCCAAUCAUUAUUAACAGUUUGGUUAACAAAUACUAUUUAUGACAACGAACCAUUAAGCAACAUUAACAACAAUACUGAACAAUUAAAUCAACUAAUCAAUUAUCAAUCAUUAAAAAUUUAUAAUUUAUUAUUAUCAAAUGAUAAUAUUAAAUAUAUUAUCCCCGGCUCCGAUCAAUUUAUUAUCGAUCAUUCUAUAUUAGUAUUAAAUAAUUGGUUACACUUAUCAAGCAGUCCACUCACAAGCAAUAGCCAUCUCUUAGAGCUCUAUUCAAAUACAUUUGAAAAAAUGGACAGUGAUAUUAGAUAUAAGAUCUCAUUAACAAAGAUUGACAAUAUCAUCUCACUCUUAUACUCAACAAGUAGAGGUAUCCAAAAGACUGCUUACACAAUAUUAGAGUCAUACUUUUCAAAUGAAAACUCUCAGCUUGUUAAAUCAUUCCUUUUAUCAGAUAACCCAGAAGAUGACGAUGAUGAAAAAGUUCAAUUCAUUGUAUUCAGCAAAGAAUUUGAAAGAAUAUUAUUAGAUUUUGAUUCAAGCUGGAAAGAAUUAAAAAAGAAUAAAAACUCAUCCACCAUCAAUAUUAAAUGUGUAGGUCAAUUAAUACUUUGGAAUUUAUUAUUAAAGAAUUAUUCAAAAUUAGAUUUAAAUAAGAGAUCAGUAGUCAACGGUUGGUUAAACCAAACUCAUAAAGUAUCACAAUUAUUAAAUUAUAUUUUCACUUUUGCAAAAAAAGACGAACAACCAAAUUAUAACUAUUCAGAAUUCCCAUUUAAUGAAAUUGAAGAAAAUGAAAAUAAUAUAAACAAUAAUAUAACUAACAUUACAUUCAGAUAUUCAACUAUUCAAAUGUUAUGCUCACAUUGUAUAUUUUCAUUAGUAAAUUAUUUACCAAAUAUGUUUAGAAGAUGGGCUGAUGAUUGUUCAACAAAUAGCAAAAUGAAUCAACAAAUUCAAAACUAUGUAACCAAUUAUAUUAGUCCCUUAAUUAUUCAAAAUGAAAUUACCCGUGUUAACAAUUAUUGUGAUGGCAAAGACUCUAACUUUACCGUUAAAGGCUCUACUUCGACUAAAGAAGUUAUUGCAUCCUACGAAAAAGAUGAUAUCACAAUUUCAUUGGUACUCUCUAUUCCAGACACAUAUCCACUACGUGUUUUAACUGUCGAGUUUUCAAAAAGAGUUGGUGUAACUGAAUCUCAGUGGAGACAAUGGUUGUUAUCAAUGACAUCAUUACUACUUACUCAAGAUGGAUCCGUUUUAGAUGCCUGUUUACUUUGGAAGAACUCUUUAGAUAAACAUUUCGAGGGUGUCGAAGUUUGCCCAAUUUGCUAUAGUAUGUUCCACAAUGGCACCAUUCCAAAAUUCCAAUGUAAAACAUGUAGAAAUAAAUUCCAUGCUGGUUGUAUCUACAAAUGGUUCCAAACUUCCCAUAAAUCCAACUGUCCACUUUGUAAUACACUUAUCGAAAAUUAGAUUUAAAUAAAUACUAUUAAAAAGAAUUUUUUAUUUUUAGAU